AACUUUCCAAGUCGUCCUCCUGCCACUGAUACCGUCCUCUCUCUCUCUCUCUCUCACACACACACACACACACACACACACAAGCACAAACACGCCUCCUCACUAAAUCAAUCAUCACAAACACAAGGGGAUGAUUUUGAAACGUUUGUUGUGUGGUAAUGAGAUUAGUUCUGACCAAGCGGACGUACAAGUACUAUGUUUACAGAAUAUAUUUGAAUUUCCAUUAACAGGGAAGGGAGACAAUGAGCAAAGUGCUAGUAGUUUCAGGUGGAUAAGAAAAUAAAUAAAUAGACAUGGGUGGCUGUUGUUGCUGCUGUGCACCCAAGACUGCCGAACUUAACCCUUCACCACCAUUCUAUCAUUAUCCAAGAGUGUCAGAGGAGCGUGAACCUCUGUCAUCUCACCAUGAAACAGUUUCUGCUCUAUCUACAGGGCUGUUGGUUGAUACCAAUCUCGAUACCUCAGUCCCAGACACUUACAGGCCGCCGCCUGCACCGAUACCUUAUGAUACACAUGUAGCAUGCCCUCAUACUCCAUCCCGGGACUUUGAUAGUUCUGGAAACAAGACCGAACCGGCUGUGGAGAAUACAAAUGCAGAAUCUGCUGAGGAAACUAACUCUGGUAGCACUUUGGACACAAAAGUAAAAAACUCAGACUCUGGUGAAAAGGGGCAAUUGAAUAUUGAGCUGACAGCAUCAGAUGAAGUAAAAAAUGAAGAUGAUCUUGAGAAGUCCAGUGAACCUCUCGUUUCAUCUCUACAGGAUGAGGAAGAUGUUUGUCCCAUCUGUCUUGAAGAAUAUGAUGCUGAGAAUCCAAAACUCAUCACAAAAUGUGAUCAUCAUUUUCACCUUGCUUGUAUUCUCGAGUGGAUGGAAAGAAGUGAUACUUGUCCUGUGUGUGAUCAGGAAACGUUUUUCAGUCCUCCUAUUGAUGUGUAGCAGCUGGAAUACUGUGAUUCGGGUAUAGUUUUUGCAAUUGGAGCAUCUGACAAUUUAAAUGCAUUGAAGAAGCUAUAGGUUUGUUAAUUUUUUCUUUGGUGAGGCUUUUAUUCUUUUCCUUUUACUUGGUAGGGAUGAUUGGAUCAAUGCCUUUUUUGCUCUGGUUUGUGUAUGUUCAUUAUAUUUGUAAAAAUUUCUUAUAUUUGGGAUUCCAGUUUAGUGUGGAACUGGUAGGGAUCGAUGGAUCAAUGCAUUUUUUGCCCGAGUUUGUGUAUAAACAGUCUCAAUAUUUUGUACAAAAUUCUUGUUUUUUUGGGAUUCCAAUUCCGUUUGUAAAUUGUAGGGAUCACUGAGCCAAUGCCAUCUUUUGUCC